ACUUUAAAUUGACAACAGACAAAUCAAAUGUCUUGAUUGCUUAUUAUUUACUUAGAAUAUUUACUUAGAAUAUUUUUUAUAAUCAAUAAAUUACAAAAAUGGCUACAGUUUUGACCUCAUUCCCUGAAGAUGACAAGUGUCCUAAAGUUUGCAAUGACAUUGGGGCGUUUAAAAAGGCUGACAAAAGUCCUGAACAGGCUAAGGAGGAAAUUAAGGAAGCUGAAGAAGCGAGGACUGCUCUUGCUGCCCCUCCCGUAAGUGAUUCCCCUCCAGCUGUCCCAGCCGAGGAACCUGAAGAAUCCUUAAGACCUCCACCAUCUGGAGAAGAAUAUCUACCUAAUCUUCGUCCCGGACCAGAUGGUAAAGUAGACUGGACUCCUUUAGGAGACAUGACAGGCACACGACCAGCAGUCAACAAAUACUCCAUAAGCAGAUACUCUCUGAGCGAAUGGAGACGGCACAACGAAGAAAUCUUAGACCCUGAAUCAAUAACCGAGUCUAAUAUCAUAGAUUAUAAUGCUAAGACAGCAAUCAUGCAAGCUUUCGGCAAUAUUGACAAACAACAAAGCGAAAACAAUAAAAGGUUGAAACAGAAAGCGAAAGAUAUUUUCAGAUGGAAAACUGAAGUCGAAAAGGCUUGUAAAGAAAUAACUGAAGAAGUAGAACUGCUUGAAAUUGAAAGAAUGCGCUUAAAAGGAGCUUCCAGAACACUUAUGUUGCCUGAAUCUAUUUCCAAAGAAUGUCUUGAUCUUCGCUCAAACCGCUUUGAACCCGACCUGGUUGCUGAUCUAGCAGAACAAGAACUUAUCAAAGAAAUGAAAUUAGUGAACGAGGUGAGAGCUACAUUGAAAAGUACUUUACAGAAAAUCGAAGAACAGAUGGCUAUCAAUAAAGCUGCAAAACACAAGAUCGAAUACGACUGGUGCGAUAAAACGCUAGCCUAUAACACCGAAGUCACAAACAUUGGUCUCAAUACCAAAUCGAAUACCAUAAUGUUCCGUCCUGGAUCAACAAGAUUCGGCGAAUAUUCAGCUCCGUUAGAAUAUUGGGAGUUCUUUUGUAGAGAAAACGUCCAGAGUUGUGAGGCUGCGCGACAAAAUUCACAAGAUCUUCGUGGCAGUCUCAAUGCUAUUUUAGUCCAAGGCGGUAGAAAACUGAGGAACCAAGCUGAUAAGACCGACAUGGCUUUAGCAGAGACUGUUGCGAUCACUCAAGAAUUAUGCACCAAAUUAGAAGAGACCCUACGAAGCACAUUACAAAAAAUUGCAGAUAUGGAAGAGUUGAUUGAUAAUUUACACCAUUCCAUAAGAAAGAUGGAUGCUGCAAUGAAAUUGGCGCAGACGAGGCUUGAUAAUAGGAAUAAUUGGAGGCCUCAUGGAGAAAGUGUGAGAGAUCAACCUCAUUUGGGGCUUAUAGAAGAGGUGAAGAAGAUUCAUGAGACGGUGACCUCACUUCUUGGGCAGUUGCACAAUGCGGAAAGAGUGAGGAACGAUUUGCUGAAGAAGAGAAUAGUUUUGGAAAGGGACAUAGCAUCAAAGAGAAAGACUUUGAACACUGAUCGGGACAGAUGCGGUAUGAUCAGAUCCCAUUACCCCUCUGCUUCGGAAUUGGCUGGUCACUGAAUGUAUUGAUUUCAUUUGGAUGAUUUGUUACUUGUGUUUACAAAUUUCAUUGUAAUAAAUUGUGAAAUUUACUAAGAAUCUUGAUUAAAAUCAUUUUGAACUCUGUAACGGUAACUAAA